AUGGUAGAGAUGGUGGUAGAUUUCCAACCGUUCACAGAAGACAUUGCAAACACAACCGUUCCAGAUAAUUUGAAGACUUUGGUUCUUGAUUCUUACUACGGAGAUUCUGACCCCAAGGAUCAUUUGGUGUAUUUCAACACCAAGAUGGUUAUUGUGGGCGCUUCAGAUGCUCUGAAGUGUAAAAUGCUUCCUUCAACUCUUAAGAAGUCAGCAAUGACUUGGUUUACAACGCUCCCACCGCGUUCAAUUGCAGGGUUCAUGGAUUUAUCCGCGAAAUUCUUGUCCCAAUUUUCAACAAGUCGCGCCCAGAAAGUGACUCCAGCAGCCUUGUUUAAUUUGCAACAGAGGCAUAAUGAAAGCCUUCAAUCCUUUAUGGGGCGUUUUAAUCAAUUGUCCGUGCAUUUGGAGGAUAAAAUGCCCGAAAUUUGCAUUGCGGCUUUUGAAUUGGGUCUUCAAUCAGGAAGUUUGAACAGCAGUUGGAGUCGUAAGCCCGUGGAGACAAUGGCGGAGUUGCGAAGCAGGGUACAGGGUUUCAUUCGGGAGGAGCAAAGUGAUCGCAUAAAGAGAAACCGUAAAAGUGCGGCGGUAACUGGCCAACAACAGCAGUUAGAUUCGAAAAAGGCGGUGGUUAAUGAUCAGCGUUCGGGCGGAGCGGUUACAAAAGGAGAGAGAGGUUACAAUAAUUCAAGUCGUUUUGAUAACCGCUCUAAUUUUCGCAAUCGCGCUCAGCCUUAUGGAAAUCGUGGUUAUGGAUCGAUGACGUGGACCAGAAACCAACAAGACAGGUCGAUCCCACUCGCAGUUAAUUUAACUGAAGCAUUGCACAUGUGUCUGGAGGGGAACACAAUUCGUUUUCCUAAACAACCAAAACGCCCAUCAGGCAACGUGGACAGGAGUAAGUGGUGUGAGUACCACCGAAUCGCGGGACACAAUACAGAUGAUUGUUUUACCCUAAAGAAAGAGAUUGAGGCAUUAAUAAAAGCAGGCUACAUGCGUCAACUGGAUGGGCGAAAGGAGUCGGACGGAGCUGGAACCUCAACGAAGCGUGAUGAUACAGGGAAGGAAAUUGAAGAGUCUGAACCAAAGAAGCAAGCUGGCGCUGAAACUAAAGGGCGCAUUCAUUCUAUAUUUGGGGGAUUUCGAGGAGGAGGGAGUUCUGCAGAUUUGAUAUAUGGAGAUGCAUUUGAAAAGUUAGGGCUUACGGAAACUAAUCUGUUACCGUACGAUGGGGCAUUAGUUGGUUUUUCUGGUGAAAAAGUAUUUGUUAGAGGAUAUGUGGAGCUGAAUACUGUGUUUGGUGAAGGUAAAAAUGAGAAAGCCUUUGCCAUUAAGUUUCUUGUGGUACAGUGCACAUCGCCGUAUAAUGUGCUUAUUGGAAGACCAUCGCUUAACAAGCUUGGGGCGAUUAUUUCAACAAGGCAUUUAACAGUUAAGUAUCCACUGGAUAAGGGCGGAGUUGGAACUUUGAAGGCUGAUUAG